AUGAAGGUUAACUUGACCCACAAUGAUAGCACCAAAACUUUUGAUGAUGUUGCCCGUCAUGUGGAGCUUGAAAACGAGCGGCUUGGUGCUGCUAAAGCUGUACCUAAUGCCUUUGUGGCAGAAUCAAGUGUGACAAAGAGAUCAAGCUUCAAGCGCAAGAGAAACUGGAAAAAUGACAGAAAGGACUCAGGGGCCACCAACCAUGUGAGCCAUGAUAGAGAAGCGUUUAUAGAGUUUCGUCGAGUUCCACCUAUAUCAAAGCAUGUAUAUGUGGGAAAUAAUGCAAAGCUUGAAGUCAAAGGGAUAGGCACUUGCAGAAUGGACAUGCGUGGUGGCCGAUCAUUGAUGUUGCAUGACGUCCUAUAUGUUCCAGAGAUUCGACGAAACUUAGUCUCUGUGUCUAUUCUUCUAGAUUUAGAUUUCAAUUUGAACUUUAGUGGCAAUGGUCUUAGAAUUACUCAAGACAAUGUUUUUUUAUGGUUUUGGACAUCAUUAUGA